GCUGUGUGUCGUAAGAUUGAUGUAUAUCUAACAUUUCAGUGGACGGAGGGAACAUAAAGUAUGAUUUAAGCCACCUGAGUUUAGCACGUUUUAAGGGCGUUACAGUGUUGAAUAUUGUCUCGAGUGCACGAUCACCGGAAAAACACCAGUGCGGCGAUGGAGGCGGUGGCGGCCGAGGAGUUCGUGCGCCGGCUACGCGGCCUCAUCGAGCCGGACGCGCAGCUGCAGCGGGCCGGCCUCGCCUACCUGGACGGCCUCAAGGCGUCCGACGACGGCUGGCGGCUGUGCGUGGACGCGCUGCUCUCGCCGGCGCUCGACGCCGAGGAACACGUGCAGUUCUACUGCUUGCAGGCGGUGGAGCACUUCGUCAAGACGCGCUACCCGGCCGAGGCCGACGGCGCGGCGCCCGCCGUGCGGCUCUUCAUCAGCGGCUGGGUGCAGCGCCAGUGCAAACUGGGAGCCGCCGGCGCCAAGACGUACCUGCGCAACAAGGCUGCGCAGGUGUUCGCGCUGAUCUUCGUCGCCGACUUCCCGGACCGCUGGCCGACCUUCCUGCUGGACCUGAUGGGCAUGGCCGCGCUGGGCCCGCCCGCCGUCGACAUGUACCUGCGCACUCUGCUGCAGAUCGACCAGGAGAUCGUGGACCGGGACGUGGUGCACUCUGAGCAGGAGGCGCGCCGCAACACGCGCAUCCGCGACGCCAUGCGCGAGAAGUGCGUGCUGCAGCUGGUGGAGUCAUGGCACGGCACGCUGCAGUCGUACGCCACCACGCAGCCCCAUCUCGUCUGCAUGUGCCUCGAGGUGGUCGGCAAGUUCGUCUCCUGGAUCGACAUCGGCCUGGUGGCCAACGAGCGCUUCGUCGCCGUGCUGGUGACGCUGCUGGGGCUGGUGGACGUGCGGGAGGCGGCCGCCGACUGUCUGCAUGACAUCACGCACAAGGGCAUGGAGCCCGUGCCCAAGGUGCAGCUGGUCGAGUCGCUGUUCGCCGUACUGCAGCAGGCGGCCGUGUUCCAGCUGCUGGAGCGCGUCAACGAUCAGACGCCGGCCGAGGACGUCGACUAUCUCUGCAAGCUGGGCAAGGUACUGAACGGCAUGGGCAUCGAGCUGGUGCUCUGCUACCACAAGCUGGCCAAGGCGGCGGCGGCGGCGCCCGGGUCUGGCGCGCUGGCCGCCACCGAGGCGGCCAUCGGUGCCAAGGUGCAGCACAUGCUGGCCUUCCUCAAGUGCGACUACGACGACCCUUCGCGCAGCGUCAUCGACUUCGCCCGCGACUACGUGCAGUUGUUGAAGACGAAGCCGAUGCUGUCUGAGGCCGAGACGGGCCACGUCCGUGACAUGGUCUACGUCAUCAUCCACAAGCUCAAGUACGACGAUGACUACGACUUCCAGGCCAUGGGCGAGGAUGAGGCCAUGUUCCAGGAGUACAGGAAGCGGCUGAAGGUGCUGUACGACAACCUGGCGGCCGUGGACCGGGACCUGGUGCUGCACAUCACGCAGCAGUUCAUCUGCUCCACGCUCGACUGCUGGAAGUCGCUGCCCAUGCGGGACGUGGAGGCCGCCAUCACCAUGCUGUACAUGCUGGGCGAGGCGCUGCCGCCCGCCUCCGCUGGCAACUUCUUCUCCGACGAGCCGGCGAAGGUGACGCUGCUGCAGACGAUGAUGCGCCGCCUGGUGACCUCAGACGUCGUCUCGUACCCGCACCACAUCGUGCCGUUUCAGUACUUCGAGACGGUCUCCCGCUACGAGAAGUUCUUCACCGUGGAGGCGGCCCUCCUGCCGCAGGUGUUGACUGCCUUCCUGGACGAGCGGGGGAUGAACCACCCCAACGAGCGCAACAGGGCGCGCGCUGUCUACCUCUUCUCGCGUUUCAUCAAAUGUCUCAAGGUGCAGAUGGGCCCGUUCACGGACACCAUCCUGGGUCAGAUCAAGAACCUGCUCUCGCUGGACCCGUCCGACGCCACGCUGCUCAACCGCGAGGACCAGCUGUACCUCUUCGAAACCGUCGCCGUCCUCAUCAUCUCGGCGGCGUCGGACAAUAAGCACAAGUGCGAGCAGCUGCAGCAGCUGCUGGGCCCGGUGGUGGGCCAGGCUUUCUCGGCCGGCCAGACGAUGCGGCUGGUCGGCUGCGUCCAGCUCUACCUGGAGGCGCUGCAGAUCUUCCUCAACACACUGCAGGGCCCGCGCCAGUACCCGCUGCUGCAGUCGGGCGUGAUCCAGCUGCUGCACCGGCUGGUGGUGUGCCUGGAGGAGGAGGUGCUGCCCUACAUCCCGGCCGCCUCCGAGGCGCUGCUGCGCUCCGCUGACGUGCGAAAGGUGCAGGAGUACCUGCCGCUCAUCAACCAGGUGGUCGCCAAGUACAAGAAGGAAGUGAUCCCGUUCGUGACGCGCGCCUUCAUGCCCAUCGUGGAGACGAUCUUCGCCGGACUGCGCCAACCCAUCGACGACGACGACGAGGCGCGGCGAGACCGGCAGACGCUGCAGCGUUGCUACUACCUCUUCCUGGCGUCGCUCGUUUCCAACAACGUGCUGGAGGUGCUGGCGCAGCAGCAGCCGCAGCACCUGCACGCCGUGCUCCUGUCCGUGGUGCAGGGUGCUGUCGAGCUGCCUGACCCCGUGGCGCAGCGCUCGUGCUUCACCAUCCUCCGGCGCGUGACGGAGGCGUGGGGCCGCGAGGGACCGGCCGACUUCGCCGCCUUCCUGUACGAGCACGUGGUGCCGGCCUGCUUCCGCGCGCCACUCAGCAGCACGUUCGACCUGUCCGACGCGCAGACCAUGCAGGCCCUGCACGAGUCGGCCCUCUGCCUGCGCACCGUCUACGAGCAGCGGGGCGAGGAGCUGGUCAGCUACCUGCAGAGCCGGUACAUGCCCACGCUGGACCUGGAGCCGGACGUGAUCCAGCGCUUCUGCCAGGCGCUCCGCUCCGACAGCAAGAUAUUCCGCAACUACACCAAGAUGUUUUUCCGCCAGGCGCGUUCGUGACCUGCGCUGGCGUCGGCGGCCGGGCCUAGUCAGUGUCUUUGAAUGCUCCAGCCGACGCGGGCGGGCACCGCAGGACCCUCAGCGCUGACGGCCGUGAUGGCUAGUUGGCCAGGUGGCAUCACUGAAACUCAAUCGACGCGUUGCGACGCUUAAAGCGUGGGAACAUAUCGCCACGCCUGCGUGCGAGCGCGUGCGUCCGUGCCGUUUGCGUGCGGUGUAAGCGCGUGGAGGCGGCCUGCCGCUCGGUGGAUGCGUCCACCUUGUCUGCUCUUGCGGGGCCAUGAGUGCCCGGGACGGUGUUUCUGUGAUACGCACCACCGCUUGCGGAGGUGCGGGCUGCGCCAGCGACAAUGCGCCGGCGGUGUCUGCCGCGCGGGGGUGGCUUUCUCGUGGUCGUGCUCACGUGUUAUUGUGGUAUUUUGUAAGAAUUCCUCGCAACUUGUUCCGAUUAUUUCGAGUAUCGCAUUGCACUGGAUGUGACAGUCCCCCCUCACGAAUGAUCCAAAGUACCCCGAUGGCUGGUGCGACCCGAGUUUGUCAGCCUCGCGGUGUUGCGUCGACGUGUUCGUUGAUUAGCCGGGGGGCAACGAUCGCGGGGUGCCUGGCCAGCGCCGGCGGCUGU